UAAUUUCAUACCAGUUUAAGUGAAACCUCCGUAAACAUUGGACAUAUAAACUUCGUACAGUUUAAUAAAAUAUAUUUUAUUUCUAAAGCUUUAUAAUCAUACUUGUGAAAAAAACUAAUUUGCAAUGUCUUUUGCAAGAGCAAAAAUUCGAAGAUUUAACGAUAUUCAAAAUGAUAUACCAGCACCAAAUGCAUAUAGUCCGACUGUUCAAUACAAAAUCAAAGGCUAUGCUUCACAAAGAUCUAAAAGAUUUGAUGAAAAAAUUAUUUCUAAAUCUGGACCGUCGGGUACAAAACCGAAACAAAUGUCAAGAAGGAAUCCUAAACCAAUAACUCAGUUCGCGACUGCAUCUAAAGGUCACAAAAUUCCAUGUGCUACUGAAACAACGAGACCUGAUUUCGAAAUAAAUCAUGUCUACGUUUUAGAAUCAGAAAUCAAAAAUUUAGAAACUAAAAUUUCUGCAUAUCUGCCUAGUAUGAAUAACAAAGUUUCUGACUUGCAUGAAGUUUGGAGCGAUAAGAAGAAAUCAUUGCUUCUUGGUGACGUGGAGAAGGGAAAACUUAUAGAUGACAAUAUGAAUAACAUUCUUAAGGAAAUGUCUCACAUGUUAAGUAAUUCACAAAAAGAAUAUUUUCAAGAAAUAUCAUUUAUUCAAUCAAUGAAUUCCUAAAAGGAUUAUAAACAUUAUAUCAUGAAGAGAAGAUUUUAAUUUAUUAACGUAUUUUUAUAAAAUAAAGUUAUAGAACUAUAAGUAUUAAUCUCCAAAUAUAACAAGGUUGUAAAACUUUUUAAAUUAUUAAAUAAUUUUUAAUUAAUAUAAA